AUGAAUCAGCUCAGAUUUCACAUUCAAAUACAUCUAAAAAUCAUGUCUUUCAUUGAAUCAACAAUCCAACAAAUCAAACGAAAUCCUUUCUGGCAAUUCCGCGAUCUCUAUAUUGUCAUCUUGCUCACCACAAUUUUAAUGAUUAUCCAUUGGUAUUUGUGGAAUUUCUCGAUGACAAAUUGGCAACUCUUGAAUCAACCAAUCGAAAUCGAUUGGGAUUUUUCCUCCAAAGUUCAAGAUAUAAUGAAGAUUAGCGCUUUUUUGAUUCUCUUUGUAAGUAUUUUUGUGAACGCAUUCGCAAUCACAGCACCAUUAUCGAAUACUUUGUUGGCUUUUCAAGUUCGAAUACUGGCCACAAGUGAAUCCUUUUGCAAAAUUCUUUUCGCGAUUUGCUACUUGAUCGACAAUAUUUGCCAGCUUCCAAACAUGAUCGAUGUCUUUCAUUGUCAUCAAUCGCUCACCAAAACACUCAAAAGUCUUGUCAAUGACUAUGUUUGGUACGGAGCUUUUCGGGAGAUCGCUCAAACCACUCAGCUACUCAUCUCAUUGGGCCGCUUCUUUGCCGUUUCUUUUGACGAUUUCAUGACGAAUCGGAGAAUGAAAAUUUUGAAAAAAGACGGGACAAUGAAUGUGAGUCGAGUGGAAAGUUUGCUGAUGAUACAGGCGAGUCGAUAC